AUGUCCGUAGAGAUUGAGAGUGCAGAUGUAAUUCGGCUGGUGCAGCAAUUUCUAAAAGAAAACAAUCUAAAGCGUACACUCCAAGCGCUUCAAGAGGAAACGAGCAUAACUUUGAACACUGUUGACUCGGUCGACUCGUUCGUCGCAGAUAUUGUCCAAGGGAGAUGGGAUAUCGUACUAAGGACCGUAUCUGGGCUCAACAUUUCUCAGAAAAAGUUGAUUGAUCUAUAUGAGCAGAUUGUCAUUGAGCUUAUUGAGAUGCGAGAAAUGGGAGCUGCUAGAUCGUUGCUCCGACAGACAGACCCAAUGAACUUGCUUCGUGAAAAAUUCCCGGAAAGAUACUUGCACUUGGAGCACUUGUUGUCGAGAAUGUACUUCGAUGAGAAGGAGGCUUAUGGUGGAGAUCAGACCAAGGAAAAGAGGAGGCAGACGAUAGCUCAAGCCCUAGCAAAUGAAGUUACUGUCGUGCCACCGUCAAGGCUGUUGUCACUAUUGGGACAGGCAGUCAAAUGGCAGCAUUCACAGGGGUUAAUACUUCCUGAAACACCAUUCGACCUGUUUCUGGGAACAACCCCCAGUAGCAUAAUUCAAGAUGAUACACCACCGUCUCAAGUGUACAAUUCCAUCAAGUUUCCAAAGAAGCAACACCCUGAAUCUGCCGCUUUCUCACCUGAUGGCCAGUUCAUGGUUACUGGUAGCAUCGAUGGUAUAAUAGAAAUCUACAAUCAUAUCACUGGCAAACUGCGCAAAGACUUCAAGUAUCAAGCUGAGAACAAUUUCAUGUUGAUGGAAGAUGCUGUGUUAUGUCUCAGCUUCUCAAGAGAUAGUGAAAUGCUAGUAUCUGGUGGUCAAGAUGGUAAAAUCAAAGUAUGGAAAAUCGAAACAGGUGUCUGCCUCAAACGAUUUGUCGGUGCCCACUCUCAGGGCGUGACAAGUGUGUGCUUUAGUAAAGACUCUACUCAAGUACUCUCUGCCAGUUUUGACCAGACAGUGAGAAUACACGGGUUGAAAUCAGGCAAGAUGCUCAAAGAAUUUAGAGGUCAUACUUCAUUUGUCAAUGAUGCCAUAUUCAAUAUGGACGGAACUCGAGUGCUGUCAGGAAGUAGUGAUGGUACCAUUAAGAUAUGGGAUGCCAAGACUACAGAAUGCAUACAGUCUGUACUGUUAUCCAAUGGUCUCAUGGCAAUACCAGGCAGUGUUACACCAUCAGUCCAAAGAAUCAUCUCAAUGCCCAAAAAUCCAGAUGCCUUUGUAGUUUGCAACAAGUCACCAUGGAUUUACAUUAUCAGCACACGAGGACAAAUCAUAAAAUCCAUGAAUUCGAGCAAGAUAGUGGAUUUCACGAGUGCUUGUAUAUCUGCCAAAGGUGAACUGGUUUACGCUGUCGCAGAGGAUCAUAUUAUGGUUGCGUUUGAAGCCGAGACUGGGAAGCAGGUUGCAAACUUGAAACUCGCUGAAACUGAAAUCAUUGGUGUUGCUCACCAUCCCUUCACGAACACAUUCGCGUCCUUUGCUGAAGAUGGAAACGUAUCAUUGUGGAGACCAUAA